CGAUGUUAGUACUCCCAGCAUCAUCAUCUCUCAACUAACACGCACACCAAUCGCCCUAAAAAGUUGACCAUCACCAACUAGAACAAUCCACAAUCAACCGCCGACUCACCAGAUUCUCGCAUCACCAGCACUGCGAGCUGCUCGACUGUGUCAUACCAUCUUGGCCUUGCGCUCUUACCUACAUAAAGCGUUCUCGAUCACUGUCCAACUGAAGGCUCACCUGGACAAAAACACUUUGCAUCGACCUCCAACGAAAACACAACAACAAACAAACACUGGGUUCACAGGCGAUUAGCAGCGCCGUGUCACUGAUAUCUCCACCCAAAAUGGCGUUCGGAGCCGGCUUAACGUCGAGCAAAAGCUACCUCUUUUUCUCGACCCUGCACUUUCUAGCCUUUGCUUUGGCUUUGACUGUUUGUGGUCUCUAUGGCGUCGAGUUGGAUCGUGCAAGGAAGGCGGAAAAGUACGCAGAUUCGAAAUGGGUAUUUGCGGUCGUUGUUGGCGGCCUGUCAGCUUUGACCUCCAUUCUGUUCUGCGUCCCGUUCAUCCUCCGGUUUGCCUUCAAAUGGGUGUGGGAUUUUGUCCUCUUUAUUCUUUGGGUCGCCGUCUUCGGCGUCUUCGCGGACAUGUACAUCCAUGAGAAGCCUGAGGGCAACAACGAUAUUCGUCGGAUGAAGCAUGCCGUCUGGGUGGACCUCGUCAACAUGCUUCUCUGGCUCGUCAUCGCCGUUUCUGCAUUGGCCUACUGGUUCAAGCACCGGGAGACUCGAAGUCUGUUUACUUCUCGCGCCAUUGUCUAGAAAGAUAGCUUGACGGUGGGUUUGAAGGACGGGAAUUAAAGUUGGGACAGCAGGUAUUGGAAGGAUACUUAAUCAGGUUGAUACCCAAGGGAUAAGCCACAUGGCGUUAUGGCACCACAUGAUUUUGCUACGGGACUUGUAUUCAUGAAACUGGGUUCGCGCAGUGUGUGGUCUCUGUCGCUCGCAUGUAGACAUUUAUUUCCACCCCCCAGUUCAUUUGAUCUCAAGGUUCUUCCUGGGGUUCGUCACAUGCAUCAUUUUCCAAGUCGGUAGAGAUAGCAAUCAGCUUUAACAGCAGCCAUUACACCUCCCUCCUAUCACCGCCCAAAGCUCAACAAACUUCCACUUUUCCCCAUCCAGGGGUUCGUCUC